GCUCUUCCAUCCUGUCGUGCGUGAACCCAAAAGGUUAGCCCAAGCCCUUGGGGCCUGACCUGCUUGGUACUACAGACGGCAUCAUUAACAAUGCCGUAUAUACGCUUUGGAUGCUAUCGAUACGCCGCAAGGACUGAAACUGUCCGGGACCCUGUUUCAAAGCUGACAUUCUUAGCCUCAAGGAGGAGCCACGCGACGAAAGGCGCAGCGCAGGACGCCCGCACGCGUGCUUUUUAUUAUGACUACGACGGCGUUGGGCAGCCUGGAAGAGAUCUGCUUUCUCGGCAGGGGAUUGGAGAACAGCAGGGGGGCGUUGGCAGUCGGGAUAAUGGCGAGAGGAGGCAAGCUAGCUGGCUUAGAUAUGGAGAAACGAGCAGUGCGGAGGUGGCGACUAUCAAUGGUAACGACUACGGCUAUUCGUCAAGGCAGGAACGGAGUGCUGCCUACGGGCGUGGAGGUGGCUACGUGCCGCGAGGCGGCGGCGCUGGUGGCAGAGGGUACAUGCGUGGAUCUCGCGGUGGUGAGCGCCGGCCGAGCGGGCCCACUGAUGGAUACGAUCAAGGGGAGCAGCAGCAGCCCGGUGAGGGGCCACUUGCGCCCAACCUGCAAGGAGGACAACGGCAUGAGCGCCGUGACGGCUUCAAGGGAUCUGGAGGACCUCGGCGUGCCGGUGAUGGCCGGGGCCGGAGCAGCUUUGCCAAUGAGGCUGCUGAAAAUAUUACCGGGACAAAAGCAGGCGAUGCGCGCCAUACUUUUCGCGGACCCCGUGAAGCACUCAGCCCCGACGCGCUAGCUGCUCGGCAGGCAAACAAUGACGCUAUUCGCGCCGUGGCCGGCUGGCGAGGCGUCGCGGCACUCCUAGAGUCCCGGGGCAGCAGCCUCGAUGCAGAAAACAUCGCAACUAUGUUGCUUAAAGUGGCCCGUGAGGGUCGGCCAUCCGCCCCCAUGGAUGCUGCUGAGUUUGAGACACUCGUGGCGUCGCUUUACGGCUGGGUCUCCGCGCUGUGCCCGGUUUUGCGACCUAAGCAGUUGGCCACCUGCCUGUAUGCCAUUGCACGCCUGGAGUUGUUCAAUGCCGAGCUUAUUGCGUCACUUGCAGCGCGCUCGCAGCAGGUUAAUUGA